AUGCGACAAGGCCCUAUUGGUGUUUCUCCGACUGCUGGGGUUUUGUACAAAGAAGAUCAUUACAUCAUCAUGACAACAGCAGAUAAGGAAAAGUACAAAUGCAUUCUUCCAUUAUUAACCGGUGGAGAUGAGGAGGAGGAAAAGGAUUACCAAGGACCCAGCCCUACAGAAUUGCUGGAACCCCUGUUUAAACAAAGCAGCUGUUCUUACAGAAUUGAGUCAUACUGGACUUACGAAGUCUGCCACGGCAAGCAUGUUCGCCAAUAUCACGAAGAGAAGGAGACGGGUCAGAAGAUAAAUAUUCAAGAAUACUAUCUUGGAAAUAUGCUACGAAAAAGCAUAUUGUUAGAUCCAGAGCAUGAAGAGAAGGAAAGUGAAAAGGAUAGUGGGAAAGAGAUCCCUACCAAAAAUAUAGAAGGGCAGAUGACCCCGUAUUAUGCUAUGGAAAUGGGAAACGGCACCCCAUGUAGCUUGAGACAAAACCUGCCCCGAUCGAGUUCAGUGAUGUACGUUUGCCAUCCCGAAGCAAAACAUGAAAUCCUUUCCGUGACUGAAGUCACUACGUGUGAAUAUGAAGUCGUCAUUUUGACUCCUCUGUUAUGCAGCCAUCCUAAAUACCGGUUUAGAGCUUCCCCUGUGAAUGACAUAUUCUGCCAGUCGUUGCCAGGAUCCCCACUUAAACCCCAGAACCUGCUACAGCUGGAGCAGCAACAGGAAAUGCUGAAGAUGCCUUUCAGGAGAGCCAAGGAGGAAGAAAUUAAUUCAGCAAAAGAAGACAAAUUUUCGUCUUUCCACAAGCCAGUUGCCGUUGGAAACCCGCAACUGUUAACAGUUGGAACAACACACAUUUCCAAACUGACAGAUGAUCAGCUCAUAAAAGAGUUCCUUAGUGGAUCUUACUGCUUCCAUGGGGUGAGAAACGCAUAUGAAAUAAUAGACUCUGCUUCCUACUUAGGUUUAUGUGUGCCUCAUACCAGUACUAUCUCUGAUAAGGAAAAUGGUAAAACGACAAUAGUGGUGGGUACGUGGAAUAAGGAGGAACAUCUUGAAUGGGCUCAGAAGAAUGUGGCUAGAGCUUAUCACCUCAAAGACGACGGCAUGCAAACAGUCAAAAUGGUAUCUCACUACUAUGGAAAUGGGGAUGUUUGCGAUUUAACUGACAAAGCUCGACAGGUGACCGUGAAACUGAAAUGCAAAGAAUCUGAUUCUCCCCAUGCGGUCACUGUUUAUAUGCUGGAGCCUCAUUCCUGCCAGUAUAUUCUUGGGGUGGAAUCACCCGUUAUAUGUAAAAUUUUGGAUACAGCGGAUGAAUACGGACUGCUUUCAGUGCCCAGUUAGUAGUGCAGAGAAUUGAUUAAAAGUCCAGAGCCACGAAAGCUGAAGGAAGAAAGAACGCUUGGACUCGUGCACAUGAAUUAACAGGGAAGAGAAAGGCUGAGCCAGAAAGACCUCACCAGCAGCUCCAUCCGGGAAAGCAACUUGGCUAUCAGGAACCACUCUGUGAAUAUUAUAUGUAUAUAAAAGCCUAUUGAUAAACUUUUAAAAAUUAAAAACAUCCGUAAUGUAAAACGGAGUCUGUUUUCUAA